UGAGCGGUGGCGAUUGGUCGAUCCAUCGUCCAAGAGUCUACGCGCUGUUCGAUGACCCUUCAUGACGCUCGCCCAGUCAUCGCGUGAAUACCUCGUGAUAUACAUCGCCCUGUCGCCUGGAAGUACAAUCCAUUCGGCGACGUCGCGCAUCGCUCUCGCUCGGCCCCGAGAGUGCUCGCCUCAUUAUAAGUUCUCUGAUACGCUCACUUGGACACGAGACUCAUGACUCGCGAGAGCACGAUCAGUCGCGCGGUGGAGAUGCUGCUGCCUCUGUACGGCGUCUGGCCGGGCAGAUGGUGCGUGGUGAUCUUCAGGGUGUUUUGGGUCGUCUCGGUGAUGUUCAUCAUAUUCUGCCAUUAUCGUUAUUUCGUCUCACACGCGAGUAUCAAGAAUUUCUUCGACUUGGUGGAUUGCCUGAGCAGCUUCUUGGCGCACGUGAAAGUGAUAAUGAAGUUCAUCAUGUUCUGGAUCAAUGAGCGAAAACUGAUGGAAAUGUUGGCGCUGAUGACGGACGAUUGGAGAGAUCGUGCGAACAAGAACGACGGCGGCAUGAGCGUGAUGGUGUCCAAGGCGAAAACGUCCGAUCGCAUCACCAACGCGAUAAUGAUCAUUCACAUCUUAGGGGUCAUGAUGUAUUCCAUCGGGAUAAUCAUCGCCGACGCGGACAUCACGGACGAAACGAUCGAGGCGCCUUACAUAAACAAAUUGGAUUUUCCCUUCCGGAUCGACACGCAAUCGAUGUACAGAUUCGUGCUGAUCGUCGAGUGCAUACACAUGCUAGUAAUCAACAUGGGAGCCGGCAUCGCAAACGCCAUACUCUUAUCUCUGACUCUGCACGUCGGCGGCCAAAUAGAUAUUCUGCAACGCCAGCUGUCGGAGCUGGAGGUUGCGGAUCUCGAGAGCGGGCUGCGAUCGAUCGUCGGUACCGCGAGCGAAAUCAUUCGGAAGCAUCACAGAAUCAUCUACUUCUCGGAGAACAUCGAGAUUCUCUACACGUAUAUCGCCUUGGUUCUAUUCGCGUCCAACAUCAUAAUGAUCUGCUCGCUCGGAUUUCUCAUCGUAACCGCGAUUGGUACGCCCGACGCCAAGAAGCAGAUCAUAAGGUCUCUCAUGUUUUACACGUUGACGAACCUCGAGGCGUUCAUAUUCUGCUUCGCCGGAGAAUAUCUGAACAACAAGAGCAGUCGGCUUCGCAGCGUACAAUUGCGCGUGGUACAAUCUGAAGCCCAAGGAAAGCCGCAUCCUAUUGUUCAUAAUCCUGAGGUCGCAGAGGCAAUUAACGCUCACGGCUGGCAAGAUGAUAGAUCUCACCCUGGAAUCCUUCGCAAGUGUAAGAUUCACGCUGAACAAUGCGAUAAGUGCGAGACAAUUGCUCUAAUGAACACUCCGCGGGACACACACAUACACACACACACGCGCGCGCGCGCGAUUAACGAUUUCUCGUCGCCAGACAGAAAAAGACUUCUGCGUCGAUUCCCGAAGCACUUUGAUCGAAAAACAUGUUGACUCGUUCUUACAGAUCAUGAACGCAUCGGGAUCGUACCUGUCGGUGUUGCUGGCGAUGCAAUGAACGUCGCUCGGCGUCCGGCUUGGCGACUUUCGAUCGAAGUUUAGUCGUGAUACGUGAGGUAUACCGGAGCGGAUAUGUAAAUAUACCUUCACUAGUUACACAGACACAGGCACACAUUUGUAACAGCGCUUAUUUCUCGCUGAAAUAUAACUCGCGAGGCAAAUGUGA